AUGCAAUUCCGCAACACCCUCACUCUCCUCCCCCUCCUCCUCACCUCCACCCUCGCCAUCCAAGUAACCUACGACCCCGGCUACGACAACGCCGCUCGCUCCCUCUCCGCAGUCUCCUGCUCCAACGGUCCCAACGGUCUCGAAACCCGUUUCCCCCAAUACAAAGUCCAAGGCGAUCUCCCCACCUUCGCCCGCAUCGGCGGCGCAUCCACAAUCGCAGGAUGGAAUUCUCCUAACUGUGGUACUUGUUACACCUUAACCUAUCAAGGCGUCUCGAUCAAUAUCUUGGCCAUCGAUGCCGCGGCUACGGGGUUUAAUAUUGCGGAGAGUGCGAUGAAUACUUUGACUAAUGGGAGAGCGGUCGAGUUGGGAAAUAUUGAUGCGGAUUGGACUUUGGUGACACCUGAGGAGUGUGGGUUGCCGGCUGAGGAGGUUGUGUCGCCUUGUAAGGCAUAA